UCCGGGUAUGCUGGGAUUCACAAAAUCGUACGGUAUUUGAUGCCUUAUUCCGAUCAUUGUGUAACGGAGAAAUUAACGGACUACUACAUCAACACAAUUUACGCUGGCUGGCGUGAUCUCAUGGACAACAAAUCCGAUCCGCGCACACGAGAUUGGCCAUUAAUGAGUUCACCCUUCCCCACCAUUGCCAUCAGUUUAUCCUACGCAUACUUUGUGAAGGUACUUGGUCCCAAAAUGNAAAGAUCCAG